AUGCAUGGUCAACCGACACCGUAUAUGGGUGGUAGUGGUGCUGGUGGUGCUGGUGGUGUCGGUUAUAUUCCAGAUCCUUAUCAAAUGGCUGUGAUGAAUCAACAGAUGAGCGGGUUGACGUUAUUUGAACCUGAGUUGUCAGUUGGUCCACAACAGAAUUUUGUCUUUCAAGUAAGGGAUCACAAUGUUGUUUUAUCAUCCCCCAUUCACUAUAGUCUGGUUGAUUUGUCAAAUUGUUUCUGCUUUCCUACUCAUGAGAAUGUAAAACCUGCUUGCGAAGCAGUAGAAUGUGACGUUUAUCUAUCAGUGUCUGUUUAA